UGCUUGGUCGCCCAGUAAUCAAAGGUGAACGUGUGCUAGCCGAACAGUGUGUGUGUGUGCCAUUUUCCCGGAUGGAGUUCCGUCGCCAUCUUUAGAGCAGAGCUGUACCGGUGGAGUGGGAACUUGAGCUGCUGCUCCGCCAGGAACCGCCGACCGACACAGACAGACUCGCCCACCUUCGAGCCGUUCCCAUUGCCCUCACAGCAUCGCCUGUCCCAAACGCUGAGCACCAUGGCAGAUCGAGAGCACUUUGUAUACCAAGCAAAACUUGCUGAACAAGCAGAGAGAUAUGACGAAAUGGUGGAGUCCAUGAAGAGCGUGGCGGGGAAGGACGUGGAGCUGACGGUGGAGGAGCGGAACCUGCUCUCGGUGGCCUACAAGAACGUGAUUGGUGCGCGGAGAGCCUCGUGGAGAAUCAUCAGCAGCAUUGAGCAGAAGGAGGAGAGCAAGGGAGGCGAAGACAAACUCAAAAUGAUUCGGGAGUACAGGCAAACGGUUGAGAAAGAGCUGAAAUCUAUCUGUAAUGACAUUCUGGACGUACUGGACAAACACCUCAUUCCUGCAGCCAACACGGGAGAGUCGAAGGUUUUCUACUACAAAAUGAAGGGUGACUACCACAGGUACCUGGCGGAGUUCGCCACGGGCAAUGACAGGAAGGAAGCGGCGGAGAACAGUUUGGUAGCGUACAAAGCAGCCAGCGACAUCGCCAUGAUCGAGCUGCCCCCCACACACCCCAUCCGCCUGGGCCUGGCUCUCAACUUCUCCGUCUUUUACUAUGAGAUCCUCAACUCCCCAGACCGUGCCUGCAGGUUGGCAAAGGCAGCGUUCGAUGAUGCAAUAGCGGAACUGGACACACUCAGCGAGGAGAGCUAUAAGGACUCCACGCUCAUCAUGCAGUUGCUACGUGACAACCUGACACUAUGGACUUCAGACAUGCAGGGAGACGGCGAAGAACAGAAUAAAGAAGCACUGCAAGAUGUCGAAGAUGAGAACCAGUGAGACAUCAUGGCCAACAUGGGACAUCCCCAACACACACACACACACACACACACACACACACACACUCUCUCACUCUCACUCUCUCUCUCUCUCUGUCUCUCUCUCUCUCUCAUAUCCCAAGUGUAUCAUCCAUGUCCCCUCAGGUCUCCAUGGUGUCAUAGAAAGAGCUCCAAAUCCACCCUCUUCUCUGGCGCUCCCUCACCGUUUCCAUUCUGCACUGUCCCCCCUCCCGUCCAAUACGUCUCUGUCUAACUCUCUACUCUUUCGGGUUACGCCUUGGGCAUUUUCUUCCCCUUAGUUAAUUUUUUUCUCCCCUCCUCUCCAUUUAACUUCCUGCAAUCAGAUUCACACAUGAAUCGGUCCUCUAGAGUGAACAGGCGUCGUGGAGAGUUCCCCUCCUGGUUUAGUUGUUCUACCUGUUGCAAAGCUUCCCAGAGAGGCUUCUCUAGGCUUUUGGGCAUAGGCGCUUUUUACGUCACGCUUUGCUUUUGAAUUAAGUACGUGCAGCGGCAGGGUGUUAUCGUCCGCCAGAUUCAGCGCACUGUUGCGUAACUGGAAGGAUUCUUCCUCUGCUUGUUCUUAAAGGGACGGCCGUUGUUUUAAGUGCCCUCUGUCUCUGUCUUGCCUGCUGUGUGGGUUUUAAAGCGGGCUCAGGCUCUUCGACAUGUCGCGAACAUCUCUGCUCUGACGCAUACAAGAUCUCCUUUCCCUCUGCUCCACACACGUCGCCGUCUAUGCAUAACGUUACCACAACGUUCCUCCAACGUUGUACGCAAACAGGCCCACGCCUCCCAGUCAGAUUUCAGAGGAUGGCUUGUAGUGUCUGGCUUUGUUAGGGGAGAAAACCCCCCGGGGAACUCUUCAGUAUUCCAUCUCUCUUGGUUCCGAUGUAAACCAUAAGCAAGAAGGUAUUGCUGUUUGUUUCUCAAGUGGAUUAAAUGAAAUUAACACUGCACGUUUUUUCUGGGUUUUUUUUGUUUGUUUGUUUUUUAAGUGUCAGCUCAUUUAUUCAAUUUCUUUGCUCCACCUCUCUCGUUCUCACUUUCUCUCAUGCUCUAGAUCUGUCCAUUUUUCUUUUCUUUCAUUCAUUCUGUAUGUGUGACUUGAAUCUGAUUUGUACUACUGGCUAUUCUGACCGGAGCCAACAAGCACCGUCUGUAUUCUUACUGAAACACAGCAUGGGAUUAACUUUAACCUUCAAAUAAAAACAAACCUAAAUUAAAAAAAAGAAAACAAAACACGGGAUCCUCACGUUUCUUCAUUCACGUGUGCUAGUUGAAGAGCUUUUCACUAUAAGGUGGUCUGUGCGGUUCUGGUGUAGAAUAAAGGAUCUAUCUUUAGUAUGCCGUAGAAACGAUACAGAAUAUUUCCACAGUAGAAAGUGGCAUGUAUGGUUGCCCAAAUCUGGCCCCACAAGAACUAGUUUGGUAACUGGUGUCUGUUAACCAGUUUUGGUAAAAGCAUAAAUGAAAGCAAAAUUGCAAAUCUAAGAACUGAUGAUUUUUGCUGUGACCGCUGAACCAUCUUUCUGUCCAAGUCGCUUUUAGUGUUUGAACAAUCCAGUAGCUGGUGCUACAUACAAAUUAACAGCAGAGGGUGCUAGCAUCCUACAUUAACGUAAUGUGCAUAAGUGGAAUCUAGUUAUUUUAAAUUUGACAAAUAGUAGUAUUUCUUGUGAUGGGUUCAGGUCAGGGGCACAAUCCAGUGAUUUGCCUGUCGGGAUAUUGCAAAAUCAUAAUAGAUGGUGUAAAACCACAAGCCAAAGCUGAUGCUCUUCAGAGACAUGUACAAGGGACACUAGUGUUAUUGCACAUUGGUCUGUUUAUUGCACUCAACAACAUACAAACUUUUCUGUCACUUUAUUUGAGCCUACAUGAUAAAGUUCCUCUUUUUCUGUUUAGGAAUGUCAUGAUCUCAGUGGAAUAAAAGUAUUUAAGAAUCA